CCCAUGCGCCACCGCCUCCUCCGCCGUCGCGCAGCUCGCGGCCGUCACUUUGUGUAGUGCGGGGGGGGUCCCCGGUGGUCACAGCCCCCCCCACGAGUCCGUGUCUCGCUGCGGCUCGGCCGGGCCCGGGCGCGCGCGCGGAAAGGAGCCUGAGAGUGUGCUGGCUAAUGGGUGCUCUCCGCUCCCCUCCGCCCCCGCCACUCCCAAGAGGCGAAGCAAGGUGCUCUCCCAGCCCUGCAACCUUCCAAGCUGCGUAGCUGCCAGUGGUCUGCCAGUCCUUGGGCCUGCCCUGGUUCAUGUGCGCUGACGGCCGGGCCCCACGGAGGCUCUCCCGGGACAAUGGCCGCCCUUCACCGCACUCCAGACUCCCCUGCUACCCAGCUGGAGCCUGUGGAAGAUGGGUCAGAAUGUGAUGCUGACCCUGAGGAGGAGGAGGAGGAGGAGAAGGGGCGAGAGGAGAUGGAGGGGGAAGAAGAGCAGGAAGUGAUAGGAGAGGAAGUGACCACACACGUUCAGGAGAAGGUGGCAGAGAUGGCGGUGGAGGCCAACUCAGAGGACAGCGGUGAUGAUGACGGUGACGAUGUGGAGGAGGUGCUGGCCGAGGAGCAGACUCUGAGCGCAGGGACCCAGGAGCGGCUCAGCAGUGGUGCUGAUGCCGGGUCACCAGUUCUUCAAGGGAAAGCCCUGCAGGCCUCCCGGGUGGCUCCCACAACUCAGGAUGAGGAUCUUGAGGAAGAAGAGGAGGAAGAUGAGGAGCAUUUCCUGACCCAGGGCUUGGUGACCUUCGAAGACGUGGCUGUGUACUUCUCGCUGGAGGAGUGGGAGAGGCUGGAUGUGGACCAGCGGGACCUCUACCGGGAAGUAAUGCAGGAGAACUAUGGGAUCCUGGUCUCCUUGGGGUACCCAAUCCCUAAGCCGGAUCUGAUCUUCCACCUUGAACAAGGAGAAGAACCUUGGGUCCCUGACAGCCCCCAUCCCGAGGAGGGAGACAUUGUCACUGGUGUCUACACGGGAGCGUGGUUCUGGACCGAUGACCUAGAGGACCACGAGGAGGAAGACGACGAGGACUUCCUUGCCGAGAUGGCUGAGGAGGAGAACGAGCCCCCGGGGUUGUGGUCUGCCGCCUAUGGCGUGGGGGACGUGCCCGGGACUUGGGGCCCCGACGACUCAGAUGUGACGCAGACCCCAGAGGCUUGGGGCCUCCCGGCCAACCCGGCCAGCCUCGGACUCCUGGCGGAGGAGAUGCAAGCGAAACACUUCCUGCCAGGGCGGGAGCGCGGGGACGGUUUCCUGGCGCCCUGGGCAUUUCCUGCGGUGGCUGUCCCCCUCGGACGCCCCGAGACCACGUGCGACGUGUGUGGCAAAGUGUUCCCGCACCGCUCGCGCCUCGCCAAGCACCAGCGCUACCACGCGGCCGUCAAGCCCUUCGGCUGCGAGGAGUGCGGCAAGGGCUUCGUGUACCGCUCGCACCUGGCCAUCCACCGACGCACGCACACCGGCGAGAAGCCCUUCCCGUGCCCGGACUGCGGCAAGCGCUUCGUCUACAAGUCGCACCUGGUCACGCACCGGCGCAUCCACACGGGCGAGCGGCCCUACCGCUGCGCCUUCUGCGGCGCGGGCUUCGGCCGGCGCUCCUACCUGGUGACGCACCAGCGCACGCACACGGGCGAGCGGCCCUACCCGUGCGCGCACUGCGGCCGCAGCUUCAGCCAGAGCUCGGCGCUCGCCCGCCACCAGGCCGUGCACGCCGCCGCGCGCCCGCACGGCUGCCCGGACUGCGGCCAGGCCUUCCGCCUGCGCGCCGACUUCCAGCGGCACCGGCGCGGCGGCAGCUGCGCGGAGGCCGGCGGGGGCGCGCCCUCCGAGGCGCCCCGGGAGCCGGAGGCCGGGCCCGCGGAGGCCGGAGAGCCCGAGGUCGGCGAGCCCGACGGACGCCCCGAGGCCGAAGCCGGAGAGCACGAGGAGGAGGUGCUGGCGGCGGCGACUGUCCCUGACAGCGAGAGGGAGCCAGAGGCGGAUGGGCGGCCCCGGGAGCUGGGCAACGGCCUGGCGGAGGGCGGGGGCCCGUCCCCGCACCCGCUCGGCUUCCCUUUCCCCGUGCACCCCAAGUCCUGGCUGCAUCCGGACGCCUUCUCCAUCCUGGGCUUCUCCGAGUUCUCCGGACGGCUGCAGGCCGACGGGCGCCUCCUGGCGCGCGCCCUGGGCGCUCCGCUGUCCCUGGAGGGCGCGGGCCCGGGGGGCGGGCCGGACGGCGGCCUGCGGGCCUUGGCGCCCGCCGCCGGCUCGCUGCUGGCGGGGCCCGCGCCCGGCGCGCUGGCGGAGGAGGAGAGCCCGUGGAUCUGCUCCGACUGCGGCAAGACGUUCGGGCGGCGCGCGGCGCUCGCCAAGCACCAGCGCUACCACGCGGGCGAGCGGCCGCACCGCUGCGCCGACUGCGGCAAAAGCUUCGUGUACGGCUCGCACCUGGCGCGCCACCGGCGCACGCACACGGGCGAGCGGCCCUUCCCGUGCCCGGAGUGCGGCGCCCGCUUCGCCCGCGGCUCGCACCUGGCGGCGCACGUGCGCGGCCACACGGGCGAGAAGCCGUUCGUGUGCGGCGUGUGCGGAGCGGGCUUCAGCCGGCGCGCACACCUCACGGCGCACGGGCGCGCGCACACGGGCGAGCGGCCCUACGCGUGCGGCGAGUGCGGCCGGCGCUUCGGCCAGAGCGCGGCGCUCACGCGGCACCAGUGGGCGCACGCCGAGGAGAAGCCGCACCGCUGCCCGGACUGCGGCAAGGGCUUCGGCCACAGCUCGGACUUUAAGCGCCACCGGCGCACGCACACGGGCGAGAAGCCUUUCCGCUGCGCCGACUGCGGCCGCGGCUUCGCGCAGCGCUCCAACCUGGCCAAGCACCGGCGCGGCCACACGGGCGAGCGGCCCUUCCCCUGCCCCGAGUGCGGCAAGCGCUUCUCGCAGCGCUCGGUGCUCGUCACGCACCAGCGCACGCACACGGGCGAGCGGCCCUACGCCUGCGCCAGCUGCGGCCGCCGCUUCUCGCAGAGCUCGCACCUGCUCACGGGCGCGGGCUCCGGGACGCUGCUGGAGUUCGCGGGCGGGACCAGCUUCGGCUCCGAGCCCGCCGCCUCCGCCGGGCCCUCGGGCGCCUUCGAGGGCGGCGUCCUGUGAGGCCCGGGGAGCGCGCGGCGCCCCUGCUCCGCGGCGGCUGGGGAUUCCGAGGGUCGGGUGUCCCGGGUCCCUCGCCCCGAGCUGCAGCUCUCGCUUGGGCGCCCGCGGGCCAUUGAUCGAGACCGACCCAUCCCUGGCUCCGCGCUGCAGGGAUGGCGGGCGAGGCCAGUUAGCUCCUCGCGGAUUCGGGUGUGGAGCCCGCCCAGCUAUGGCGAACCUGAGCUUCUUGGCGGGCGUGGCCUCUUCCCGUUCUUCUGGGAGAUUCGGGAACCGUCUUCCGGUCACUUGAGCGUGUCCAGUGAGUUUUCAGAACCUAGUUCGUGGUAGGCAGCAGCCUCAAUAGGUUGUGGGGGGAUGGAGAUUCGAGCAGGGAAAGCUUUUGUUCUGUCGGCUGUGGGUGUUUAUUUCCAUCUCUUCCAUGGCCUGAAGAGUGUGGGGAGGCUUGAAAAGGCAAGACACCAUACGGGUAGCCAGGCCCCAGGGGUUGGAAGCCUUAUGCUUUGGAAAUCCUUUCUCCAACCCUCUAAACAACAGGUCUGUCGAGCACUGGCCACAAGGUGGGUUUCGGAGUCGGCAUCCCCUCUAAGCUAGUUGGGUCUCUAGUGGCACACACGGACACCUUUGGGGUGCGCGGGGCAGGCUGCUGCAGACGUGGUCCCCAGACUUGAGUUUCCCAGCAGAGCCCUGCCCCGGAGCAGGUGCCUGCGGAGCCCGGUGCUCCGCCAGCCUUUCACAGCUCUGGGGUGGGGUCCGGGAGCCUUCCCCUCGCCUCUAGUAACGGCCCUACAUCCUCUGCAAGCCUUCUGCUUCUGUAACCACCUACACCAGAGGCAGGUGUUUCUGCCAGCGGCGGGUCCGUGGCUCUCAGAGGGGCUGGAGGCUCGCUCAGUGCUUUCCACAUACGGAGUUCUGUGGACCCGAGCCCACAGCGCCUUACUAUGCAAGGCCCUCUCAUGGAGGAUAACCAACUCCAGCCUGGACCGACAGCGUCUGAGGUGCGGCUCACACAAGCUCCGCCCACACUCCAGGAAUCACGGGCCAAAGCGAGAGACGUGAGCUUUCCGCCCGCAAUCCCUUUUAGUCCUAGAUCCUUUCUUGUAGUAUAGUCACGCCCUUGGGGCCCAAGAGCUACCGGGCAGGCUGCAAGGUGCUGGGUGGGCAGACCAUGGGUGGGAGGAGAGCCUGGGUGGUGAUGGGCAGGGCUUAGCCUGGCCAGGUGAGGUGGAGUGGGAGCAAGACCGGGGUCCGGAUUGCUCAGCAGUAGCCUCUCUGCCCCAUCUCUUUGUCUCUUUCGUUGUCUUCUGGGACAUGAGCUUCAGAACAAGCCAGGGCAGGGUGGGCUGAGAGGGUGCUGUCCCCAUCCCUCCUAGUCCGCAGCCGUUUCCGCCCAGCCCCCUCUGCCGUGGGCAGGAGGACCUAGCUUUAAUAAAGAUGGAGAAACGAGCUUUGGGACUGGACUCUGCUUUCAUCAUUGCUGCCCACCAGGGAUGCUCACUCGGCAAGGCGCAUCGCCCUUCGGACAUUUUCCCCCUUCUGCGAAACCAGGAUUGUUUCUGGCAUGACACGUCACUCACUUGACCUGUGCCCACAUCCGCCUGCAGGGAUUCCUCACACUGCCACGGAUUCGGGACGAUUCAGGUUAUGACCGUGUUGGGGAUUAUUUUGGCUAGCCGUCCAGGUUUUAAAAGAGAGCCUUGUCUCUUUCUCCCAGUGCAGACCCAUGCCUUGGCCUUUUCUCCAGCCCAAUGAUACAUGGCUCACCUACUCCAAAUCCACAAAGGCAUGACCACCCCCGAGUUCCCAAACGACUCCCCUUACGCUGGCUUUUCGUACUUGUCUCCAUGAUCUGAUCUUCCCCCGAUGCGUUUGAGAAGAUAGGCAGACAUGGUUUGUGGCACCGGGAUAAAGGGAAUGAGUGUCUCCCUUAAAACGGCAAACAGGCGGGCGGGGAUGCGGCUUGGUACAGUGUUCUCAGUUUAAGCUCCGUAAGCAAGGCGUGGUGGUGCACACAUGUCAUCCCAGCAUUUGCAAGGCUGACCAGGAGGAUCAGGAGUUCAUGAUCAUUGCCAGCUCCACGAGUUUGAGGCCAGCCUGGGCUGCCUAG